AUGUGGUUUUCAGUUACUACAGCUCAACCAUACACACCGCUAGCGGAAGAGAGCACCACAGUUACCGAAGAAAAAGAGAACACCAAAGAAGAGGCCACCACAGCCGCCCAAGAAGAAACCACAAUGACAGCAAUGACGUCCGAAUGUGAGCAGCCUCGCGGAACAAGGAAAGAGGAGUUCACGCCAAUUUUUGAAGGUCAGCAGGUACCACAAUUGCUCCAGCGUGAUAAAUCAAGAGAUUUAGUAAUGGAAAACUUCAUAGUCUAA